AUGGGGAAGAUCAUCUUUUAUGAAGACAAGAACUUCCAGGGCCGCUCCUAUGAGUGUAGCAGUGACUGCGCUGAACUGCACUCUCAUUUCAGCCGCUGUAACUCCAUUCAAGUGGAGAGCGGCAGCUGGAUGGUGUACGAGCGACCACACUUUAUGGGUUACCAGUACUUCCUGCGCAGGGGAGAGUACACUGACUAUCAAAGAUGGAUGGGUUUCAACGACUGUGUCAGAUCCUGUCGAAUGAUACCCCAACACCAGGGAUCCUAUAGAAUGAAGAUCUAUGAAUGUUCAGAUUUCGGUGGUCAGACAAUGGAGUUUACUGAUGACUGUGCCUCCCUUUAUGAUCGCUUCCACUACAACGAUAUCCAUUCCUGCAACAUACAAGAUGGAUACUGGAUCUUCUAUGAGCACCCCAAUUAUAGAGGUAGACAAUACCUCCUGAGACCCGGCGAGUACAAAAGGUACAGCGACUGGGGUGCCAUGAGUUCAAGAGUUGGUUCUAUCAAACGUAUAGCUAUCUGA